AAACAACUGUAAAACAACUGGCAGAAGUACGGAGAGAGCGACCCUGUUGCAGCCCAUUUCAACCCGAGCAAUGGACUGGCGGCCUCCAGGAUGUUACCAUCAAGGGCACCAAGAAAGUAUCCCGCGCAGAAGAUCUGACAAACGUCAAGGAUACUUGAUUAACAAGCUGCAGACAGUCACAUCUAGAGGUCUCAACAUGCGGGAAGAACUCUAGGCGCUUUCUGAACUCUAAUGCCCCCCUUUCUUUAGUAAAGUAGAUAAACAAUACUUUUCUUUUUUACACAUUUACUAGGUAGUCCUUUAGUUCCAUAGUUACUUAGUUAUCCAUAACUUUCAUGUGCACAUUUCCCCUUUUUCUGGCUUAGAAAAGAAUCAUCUCAUAUAGCCUCCAGAGCGUGCGCACGCGCGCAUCGUUCACAUCUAUAUUUAUAUGCGUGAUGUAACUGACUUUAUGUAACCGCCCUGAAGAAGGACUCACUAAAGUCCGAAACGUUGUCAAAAUCUCGCUUCUGUUUUUUGUCUUUCAUUUUAUUAAUUGACAUUUCCUCCACACGAAGUAUGAUAUCUGAAACAAGGGAAUUUCGCGAGUUAAAAAGGCAGCUUGGCCUAUACGCGCUUGGGAAAGCUCGGAAUUUCUUUCGAGUUACCUUAAAGAUGAACACAAGAACCAAUUAGAUUGUUCUCGUAUUUUCAUUGGAUUUGGAACGGCACAUGAAAAGAACGGCGUCUAGACUAGACCUAACAUAGACUAUUGUCCUCCAUUCUGAUUACGACACACUUAAUAAUACAUUGUUCGAUGUAAGUAGGCCAGUGCACUGAUGCAUUAUCCCAGUGUGAGUUCUUGCUUUGUUCCACCGCGUCUUGGUGACGUUAUUUGCAUAUAUGUUCACUGCAACUGCGACACUAUAACCUCGAUCGACGAAAAAACGAAGGGUUUUGCAAACUUUCCUUCAAGGCGCUGGAUUUAUCCAGCGAUUCUCCGCGAGAGGUGUUAGUUUUCUGUUGAAGCUCGCAAAGAAACGGGGAAACGCUUUUUGCGCACUUGAAGGAAUCGCAAGAUGAGAACCCUCGCGCUAGCCUUUCUUUGCGUCAGUGGGCUAAUGUCGCUAAGCAACGCUGAUAUCCGCAACUGUCCAUCUGGAAGGUCCUGCCUCUAUUUUGCUAUCGGUAACACGAUCCAAAGGAUUAGCAUCCAAGAGGCUCGCUCUCCCGUCUAUCCCAACACAGACGUGCAGCAAGUCGCAGGGAACCAAGAAAAUGUUGUUCGACCAGCGGCAGUUGAUAUGCACAUGGACAAGCAAUUGCUGUUCUGGAGUGAGCUCUAUCCCGAGUUUAGAAUACGACGAAUGAACUUGACGGACGGCUCCGUGCAAACAAUAGUUGAUAAAGAUAUAGGUCUAGUUUAUGGUAUCGCUGUGGACUGGGUCAAUAAUCACCUUUACUGGACAGACGAGACAUACGAGAAGAUCGAAGUGUCAAAUUUGGACGGAACUAACCGGUUAAUGCUGCUCUACAACAAAUAUAACGGCAAGGACAAGGAAUACGCCAUUUUAGAGUCAAUUGCGGUGGAUGCUACUGAGGGGUACCUGUUUUACAUCAACUGGGUGGCCACCUUUUGGGGUACAACGUAUGAUGACAGCCCACACAUUGUCCGAUCAGCGCUGUCUGGGGAUGAAUCCAAAACGAUCUUUGAAAAUUAUCCGUACAGCUAUAGCCAUUAUCACAUUGAUAUCUGCCUUGACUACGCACAGAAAAGAAUAUACACAUUUGAAAAUUAUUUGGCCAAUGAAGCUAAGUUGAGAUCUGUGGACUACAAUGGAAAUGGUGAAUUGGUUCACUUCACCAAUCCAAGCUACAAUCCUUUGCCUUUCUCGAUUACUAUCCUACAAGACACGGUAUACGCCGGGGACAGCAUAACCCGUAGCAUCGAAAGGGUUAAUGUAAGAGUUGGUCAACAAAUGAUGAGCUACGGUCAUCUCGGCCAAGAUGAAAUCAGAGGAAUUGUGGUUUACAACACCACCAAGCAGACACCUAGUUCGUCAAGUCCAUGCCUACCAGACAAUGGCCAGUGUAGCCACCUGUGCCUUCCGACAUCGAGGAACACGAGCAAGUGCGCAUGCCCCACAGGGGCGCAGCUAAAUGCUGACGGGCGCACAUGCGGUGAUGUUACUGAAAUACCGAAGCCUCCCAUCCCAGUUGUGAAGGUCUACCUAGUAAAUGCCAGCACGCCCGCAAAGAACGGCCAAGAAGGACUGAUCAUCAUCAACAAAGAUGGCUACAAUGGGACGAUUUGCGAUGACCACUGGGGAAUCGAAGAAGCAACUGUUAUAUGUAGAAUGCUGGGCUUCAAGCGAGCCGUUAAAGCCACCGAUCGUGCGUUCUUUGGAAGCGCUCCUGGAUUAGGGUUUCUAUUGGACCAUGUUAAGUGUCGUUCGGAUGAGAGGUCAGUUGCUGAGUGCGCUCACUACUAUUGGAACACAACAAACUGCUACGUGGGGGAAGAGGCGGGUGUUAUCUGCUCAAACCAGUCGGCAUCAGCAGCCAACGUGUCACGCCAGGCUAAUGUUACAGGUUUCCAGGUUCGUUUACGAGGAGGCAUGGAGAUCCAUGAAGGCCGCGUGGAGGUUUUCUAUCAGUCGUACGGCGAUGAGCGAGUCGGCUACUGGGGCCACAUCUGUGAUGACGACUGGACAUUACAAGACGCCCACGUCAUCUGCAACCAGCUCGGCUACCAGGGGGCCUGGAACCCAAUCUGCUGCGGGUACUUCGGCCAAUCAAAUGGUCGGAUUUUGAUGAGCAGUCCAACAUGCACCGGAGACGAGACGUCAGUUGCUUACUGUCACCACCCCGGUUGGGAUGUUCCUACAUGUCGCGAUAAUAGACCCGUGGGUGUGCAGUGUAAAGUCAACUCCACAGCGCCUCUGAGUAACGCAACACUCCGCCUGCGUGACGGACGCCAUCCAAAUGAGGGCCGAGUGGAAAUCAAACACAACGGUCAAUGGGGCACGGUGUGUGAUGACUUGUGGGAUAUCAAGGACGCAGAUGUCGUGUGCCGUGAGUUAGGUUAUCCUGGCGCCCUCAGUGCACAAGUCCGUGCCGCUUGGGGCGGUGGAGCUGGUAGUAUUUGGCUAGACAACCUGGAAUGUACAGGAAACGAAUCUCGAUUAGUAGACUGUCCCCAUAACGGACUUGGGAUAGAGAACUGUCGACACAGCGAGGACGCUGGCGUUGUGUGUAGAAAAGCGGACACACCAAAUCCUGAUCCGGAUGCCCCUGCGUUCAUUAUCGUCAGUGAUAACAUGCGUGGACUUCUCAAGCAACUUAUCUUCGAGUCUUCCUCUCAUUCCAAGAGUAUUCCCAUCCAAAUUAAGAGCUCAAGGCCUGAGGGAGUGGCUAUAGACCCUGCCAGCAAAAACAUCUUUUACUGGACCGGGGACAACGACAUUCGCAAAGUCUCACUUAGUGCAGGAAAUGAUGAGUUGGUUUUGGCCAAUCAAAAGCGAGUAGCGGGGCUAGCCGUAGAUCCCGGAUGCAGCAAGCUGUACUGGUCAGAUUUCGAGAACAACAGGAUCCUGGUGGCAUCGUUGGACGGUAGUGAUAUUACUAACGUGGCCACCGUUCCCUUCCCCACAGCCAUCGUACUUGACACCAGCGCCGGACUCAUGUACUUCACUGCGGGUUACGUCCAAACUGCAAUCUACAAGUCCCACAUGGAUGGGAGCAACAUGCAAGUAGUCAUGACUCUCCGCAACAACUCCGAGCCAUGGGGACUGGCACUAGACCGAGCGAAUAACAGACUUUACUGGUCCACGAAAAUAGAUAGAAGCAUACACUACUUGGAUCUUUCUCUCUCAUCUCCAAUCGAUCACAAGCUUACUUCGAAUCACGUGGUCGACCCUUUUCGGAUGGUUGUCAGCAAAGGCUACUUACACUGGAUAGAUCUGAACGCCGCGAACUGGGGCGAGGUCUACCGAGCUAAUCUGGCUCCUAGAGCUAAUCACGUGACUGACAUCGAGGUUGGGGACCUGUUUGAUUCUAGAGGAAUUGACGCCAUCGAUGGACCUUAUAGCCAGCCAGCGGACGAUGUUUGUCUGUCCUGCGGCCAGUGCGGUCAUCACAUAUGUCUGCGUUCUCCUCUUGGACCCAAAUGCCGGUGCCGGGCCUUACACCGUCUCAUUCAGAAUCAAUGCGUCCUUCAAGAUUACAUAAUAGUCGCCGACAACUUUAGUCCAAGAAUCCUUGCUGUACCUUGGAAUGCGAACAACUCCAAUGAGCAAACGACAGUCAGUCUCAAAGAUCGCUCCAAUCCGUAUGCCGUAGAGUGUGACCCAACAGACCAGAGAAUCUACUUCACGGAUGACAUCCAUAGACGCGUGGGGAGGGUCUUCUUGAACGGCUCAUCUGAUGAGACGCUGUUCACCGGACUUGGUUCAAGACAUAGCCUGGCUCUGGACCAUGUGGGUCGCAAGGUCUAUUUCACUGAUUACUUUAAUAAGAAUCUUCGGGUGUGUGAACUUGAUGGAUCGAACUGCAAGACCUUGAAAACAAAUGUUGCUCUGACAGCUUUGGAAGUCGAUUCCAAAAAUGGUUUUCUCUAUGUGGCUUCUAAUUCGAAUGGAAAAAACAUGAUCCACCGUAUGGAAUUGGAUGGAGAGAAUAUGGUGGAAAUUAGUAGCUGGAGAGAACCAAUCUACAUUUCUUUUGCCCCUCGCACACUAAGGCUUGACCACACUACUAAUACCCUGUACAUGGUCGGUUGGAAUGAUGAGAAAAUCUUAUACAUUAACCUAGAAGAUGGGCGAUCUGGACCACCCUCUAGGAUAGCAGGUUACGAAUUGUAUCUAUACUACCCUGACAGUCUUGCUAUCACGCCUGAUCGCAUUUGCUGGAGUGAUCAGUAUCUAGACAGAGUAAAUUGCAUACCAAAAGUGAACCCCGAGGGCAAGACCGUCACCCCUAUCAUCAAAGGUCUCUCAGGAGCAAAAGGCAUGCAUUUCUGCAAGGCGAAAGGAACUAUAGAUCGUCACCCGUGCAACACCAACAAUGGCGGCUGUUCUCAUCUAUGUUUGCUGAGAGCUGACGGGUACUCCUGCACAUGCCCAGACGACAUUGGCAACCAGACGUGCACCACGAGAAUGGUCGUCUACCCGCCACAACCCCGCAACUGUCCAUCUGGAGGGCCUUGUCUUUACUUUGCUAUGGGUAACACACUCAAAAGGAUCGACAUCGAAAAGUCAGUUUAUCCGAUCACAGACGUCAAUCAAAUCGCUGGAAACAGAGAGAGAGUAUUUCAAGCGGCAGCAGUAGGGAUGCACAUGCCAAAGCAAUUACUGUUCUGGAGUGAGCUCUUCCCUAACUUCAGAAUACGACGAAUGGACCUGUCGGACGGAUCUUAUCAAACCAUUGCAGACAAAGGCAUGGGAAUGGUUUAUGGCAUCGCCGUGGACUGGGUGAACGAUAAAAUUUACUGGACGGACGAGACUUACGAGAAGAUCGAAGUAUCAAACCUUGACGGAACCAACCGUCGCAUGCAGCUCUACAACAAAAACGACGGCUCAAAAAGGAAAUACGCCGUGCUGGAGUCGAUUGCGGUCGAUCCACUUGAAGGGUACUUGUUCUACGUCAACUGGCAAUACUUAGAUUGGUGGGACUGGACCAAUAACAGGCCUCGUAUCGUACGAGCUUCACUUUCCGGAGGCAACCCUACAGAUAUCGUUUUCUUUCCCUCAAGCUACAAAUACUACAAAAUCGUCUUGACACUUGACUACAGCCAGAAAAGAGUUUAUUGGAUUCAUGGGUACGAUGCAAGCGUGUUGACAUUGGAAUCUUCCGACUACUAUGGAUUGGACAGACAAAAACACAUUAAUGAAGGCAUUAAUCCAACGCCAUUCUCUAUGACAUUCCUGAAAGACACAGUUUACUACGGAGACAGUAACACACGUACCGUAGAAAGAAUUCGCCAAAUCUCUCCUGGCGUGUCGCAGCAGAUGACAAGCUAUGGACAUAUUAGUCCUGGACAAGUUGAUGUCAGAGGAAUGGUGGCCUUCAACGUUUCAGAGCAACUCAGCGGUUCAAGUCCGUGCACCGCUGAUAACGGCAACUGUAGCCACAUCUGCCUUCCUGAUUCGAAGACUACAAAGGUGUGCGCAUGUCCUACAGGAGCGCCGCUGAAUGCUGACGGGCUCACUUGCGGCAGUGUUGUUGUUACGCCAGCCCCUCCGAUUCCAGAUGUAACGGUCUACCUGGUAAAUGCCAGCACGCCCGCAAAGAACGGCCAAGAAGGACUGAUCAUCAUCAACAAAGAUGGACGCAAUGGGACGGUUUGCGAUGACCACUGGGGAAUCGAUGAAGCAACUGUUAUAUGUAGAAUGCUGGGCUUCAAGCGAGCCAUAAAUGCAACUGUUGAGGCAUUCUUCGGAUCUGCAAGUGAGAUAGGCUACCUUUUGGAUCACGUCAAGUGCCGCGGAGAUGAGAUAUCGAUUGCGCAGUGCGCACACGAUGUUUGGGCGAACUCCGACUGCUACCCGGGAGAGGAGGCCGGUGUGAUGUGCUCCGACCGGUCUGGUUCAGCAGUCAACGUGUCACGCCAGGCUAACGUUACAGGUUUCCAGGUUCGUUUACGAGGAGGCUUGGAGAUCCAUGAAGGCCGCGUGGAGGUUUUCUAUCAGUCGUACGGCGAUAAGCGAGUCGGCUACUGGGGCACCAUCUGUGAUGACGACUGGACAUUACAAGACGCCCACGUCAUCUGCAACCAGCUCGGCUACCAGGGGGCCUGGAACCCAAUCUGCUGCGGGUACUUCGGCCAAUCGAAUGAUCGGAUUUUGAUGAGCAGUCCAACAUGCACCGGGGACGAGGCUUCAGUUGCUUACUGUCACCACCCCGGUUGGGAUGCUCCUACAUGUCGCGAUAAUAGACCCGUGGGUGUGCAGUGUAAAGUCAACUCCACAGCGCCUCUGGGUAACGCAACACUCCGACUGCGUGACGGACGCCAUCCGAAUGAGGGCCGAGUGGAAAUCAAACACAACGGUCGAUGGGGCACAGUGUGCGAUGACUUAUGGGAUAUCAAGGACGCAGAUGUCGUGUGCCGGGAGUUGGGUUAUCCUGGCGCCCUCAGUGCCCAAGGCGGUGCCACUUGGGGCAUUGGGGCUGGUAGUAUUUGGCUAGACAACCUGGAAUGUACAGGAAACGAAUCUCGAUUGGUGUACUGUCCCCAUAACGGACUUGGAAUCGAGAACUGUCAACACAGCGAGGACGCUGGCGUUGUGUGUAGAAAAGCGGACACACCAAAUCCUGAUCCGGACGCUGAUGCCUUCAUGGUCGUCACUGACACUGGCCGAAAUCUUCUACAGCAAGUUAUUUUUGAGUCUAACUCACACAUCAGGCAGAUUCCUAUCAAGAUCCACAACAGAAGGCCUGAGGGCGUGGCUAUAGAUCCCGCCAGCAAGGAUAUUUAUUAUUGGACCUCUAACUAUGAUAUUCGAAAAGUGUCACUCCGAACAGGGAAAGAUGAGUUUAUUUUGGCCAAUCAGAGGCGAGUGACAGGAAUGGCAAUAGAUCCCGGAUGCCAAAAGAUGUACUGGUCAGAUUACGAGAAAAAUAGAAUCUUGGCGGCCAAGCUCGACGGGACAUAUAUGACUAAAGUGGUAUCCGUUGUCAAUCCCAGAGCUAUCGUGACUGACAUCAGCGCCGGACUCAUGUACUUCACUGCGGGUUACGUCCAAACUGCAAUCUACAAGUCCCACAUGGAUGGGAGCAACAUGCAAGUAGUCAUGACUCUCCGCAACAACUCCGAGCCAUGGGGACUGGCACUAGACCGAGCGAAUAACAGACUUUACUGGUCCACGAAAAUAGAUAGAAGCAUACACUACUUGGAUCUUUCUCUCCCGUCUCCAAGUGCUCAGAAGGUUAUUUCAAAUCACGUGAUAAACCCAUUUUGGAUGGUCGUCAGUAAAGGUUACUUACACUGGACCGAGGUGAACGCCGCGGACUGGGGCGAGAUCUACCGUGCCGAUCUGGCGCCUGGGGCUAAUCACGUGACCGAAAUCGAGGUUGGGGACUUGUUCCAGCCUCUAGGAAUUGACGCCAUCGAUGGACCUUACAGCGUGACAGCCAAUGACGUAUGCCAAGCCUGCAGUGAAUGUGAACAAGUGUGUCUGCGAGCUCCAUCCACUCAUACGUGCUCAUGCACCUUCCUGUAUGGGCUGGGAAAUGACAACAACACAUGUCUCCUCAAGGAUUACAUAAUAGUCGCCGACAACUUUAGUCCAAGAAUCCUUGCUGUACCUUGGAAUGCGAACAACUCCAAUGAGCAAACGACAGUCAGUCUCAAAGAUCGCUCCAAUCCGUUUGCCGUAGAGUGUGAUCCAACAGACCAGCGAAUCUACUUCACGGAUGACAUCCAUAGACGCUUGGGGAGGGUCUUCUUGAACGGCUCAUCGGAUGAGACGCUGUUCACCGGACUUGGUUCAGUACAUAACCUGGCCCUGGACCAUGUGGGUCGCAAGGUCUAUUUCACAGAUUACAAUAGUGGCGGUCUGUGGGUCUGUGAGCUUGAUGGAACAAAUGCCAAGAAACUAAAAACCAUGGAUUAUCCAUCAUCUUUGGAAGUUGACUCGAAAAACGGUUAUCUAUACGUGGCCACAGAGGAGGGUAGCUACUAUGACUACAAAACCGUUGUCUAUCGUAUGGACAUGGACGGAGAAAACCAGAUCCCUAUUCGCAAGUGGGAGCCUGGUUACUUUUACGCGCCUAGCGCGAUGAGGCUCGACCACAGCACCAAUACCCUGUACAUGGUGGGUUGGCACGACGCGUAUAUCGACUACAUCGACCUCGCAAAUGUUAACCAGGCGAACGCCAAUACCCCACCCUCAAGGAUUACAGGUUAUGGAUUGUAUCUGUACUUACCUGAAGGCCUUGCUAUCACGCCUGAUCGCAUUUGCUGGAGUGAUCAGUAUUCAGAAACAGUAAAUUGCAUACCAAAAGUGAACCCCGAGGGCAAGACCGUCACCCCUAUCAUCAAAGGUCUCUCAGGAGCAAAAGGCAUGCAUUUCUGCAAGGCGCAAGGAACUAUAGAUUCCCACCCGUGUAACACCCAUAAUGGCUUCUGCUCUCAUCUCUGUUUGCUGAAACCCGGCGGGUACUCGUGCGCAUGCCCAGAGAAUGUCGUAUCUGGAUGUCACGUGACUCCCACCGCAACCCUGCCCUCCCCUACAUCCAUCGCACCCACGCCUACGUCAACAGUGCUACCUACAGUCACAACCGGGCCACCCACUAAAAGGCCACCCACUAAAAGGCCACCCACAAGUCCGCUAAAAGGUUCAUGCGAUCCCAAUCCCUGCCAGAACAGCGGUGUCUGCAAGCUGGGAGAGACUUCUGGUUCAAUUGGCGAAUUUGGAUACAAGUGUUAUUGUGCUGAUUGGUUUGUCCCGACUUGGAGCUGCGAAAUUAAAGUCGAAACCGCCGUGGAGAUAGAGUUUGAUUCGCUCACACUUGAACAGUUCAGUGACGAUGAUGAACGUUUUCAAAAAGCCGUGGCGACGGUCGUCAAUAGAGAGAAAAGACAGAGGAGGGACGUGGAUAAAACAACUGCAAAUGACGUGGUGUUCCCAAUAGCACCUACAGAGAAGGACGGCAACCUCACCGUGUCAUUCGCUGUGAUCAUAAAAGAUAAGGAUGGCCAGUAUUCUCUCAUGCCCGAAAAGACGCUAGUCGCAAAGAUAGUAAACAACAAGCAGUUAUUUUCUCAGGAAUUUGGCCACGAAAAGUGGAGCAUCAAAACAGUGGCGGCGCCGGCUACAUCCCAAAGGAAGGGCGAUUCUAAGGGCGGGGCAUCUUCUGGUACCAUUGCGGCAGUGGUGGUGGUGGUCCUCCUUGUAGCUGUUGUUGCCGCUUUCGCAGCAUUCAUUUACUUUAAACGAAUACGAGCAGCCCCUCCUAAAGACGACGAGGUUCCAUCCACCAGAAGCUAUGGCGAGUUUGAGAAUCCUGGUUUCGGAGCCAACCCUACUUUCGAGGUCGACGACAGCCCUGAUGCGUUUGAAAAGCCGGCACGUGACUACGAUGCCGCCGAUAACCCAAGCUAUGGAAUCCGCAUGGACAUCAUGCCCAAUGAGAACGAAUACGAGGAAACAGCCGCUGCCGCAAUAAAACACGAACCCAACCACAAUGUGCCAGAGGUAGAUUACGCUAACCCCAAAGUGCAAACACAAUCCGCAUCCCCUGAAAACCAGUAUGCAGAACUCGGGGAAAUUGGUGGCUACGAUAAGCCAACGAAUUCAUCCCAGUGGGAGACGUUUGAUCAAUCGGAGUAUGAAAAUAUCGGAACGGUAAGAUUGGAAACCGAGGCGGACGACGAGGAGCGAGAGGCCAAGGCAUGAGAUUCCUAUGCCAGUCCCGAAGUAGGGGGGGGGGGGGGGGGGUAUUCUAUGGUAUGGCUCGUCGAAAACUUUUAAAGCUUAUCUUAAACAUAAUAGCUUUAGGUAAACGGGUGUUAAUGAAGCACACACUUUAUUUCAUACCCUAAAGGUUGAUUCAGACAGCACGAUUGUUGUAUGCAACUAGAGUCGUAGUCGUAGUGUAAAUCAGCCUACGACUCCGACACUAUGCUCGAAUACGAAAGUCGUAGUGUUUAAUUCAGAGCAAAGACAUGUCGUAGGCAGAUCGCACACAAGUAAACCGUGUUGUCUGAAUCGGCUUUAACAGAUACCUGUUCCAAACGUAGGAAAUGUUUUUUUAUUACAGAAUACCAUUCUCUAGACUCAAGGCUCUAAAAGAUAAGCAUAAUGGUUCCAAAGCCUGCUGAUUUCAACUUCUUUUCCUCACUUCUCAUGCACCAUGUUACGCACCUAGUUACGGCAUAAUGACCAAGGUCACAAAAUUUCGUGUAAUCGUCAAGAUGUCAUUUAUAGCCUCAAUCACAAUGUUAAUCGCUAUAGUCCGAGGUUUUCCACACAUCAUUUUUUAUAGUCCUUUGUAGUCCUUUAAGCGGGCGAUAAACCCAGUCAAUUGAAUUAUUUUAAUCCUGUCCUUAAAUAAUCCCUGUGUCAUGCAAGGGGCUAGAUAUACCAGAUAGAUCACUUUGACUUGUGAAGAAUCAAUACUUCGAAACAAGUCUUUUACCCAUACGUAACCAAAA